AUGCCAUCCAGCUUUUCAUCAAACCCAGAAUCAUCGCCGGUCAGACCAAUAAGUUCAUCAUCUCCCAAGCCGCGCAAACCAGAAAUCAACUUGUCUUAUUUCGUCACUUUCAUCACUUUCAGCAACAAUCUCCCAGCGACCACCUCUAAAACCCGAGCUUGGGGCGUCCUUGUUAGGUUCAGUACCAACCAUAUCACCGCCACCAGCCACAACAACUCCAAUCACUUCAACGUCGCUGUCGUUCUCGUUCCACCGCGUAUCGACGACAUUGGUCACGUCCGUCAGAGGUUAGCGAGCGGUUCUCUGGCGCUUCUGGGACUUGCUGGACGGAGCAAGCAGGGGAAGCAGCAGAAUAAGCCCAGCAAGCAGGAUGAGCUGGAAACUUCCUUCCAGCGCUGA